CCGGAAUUUCUUAUGCUGACCGAAAAGGACUGGCCGACUGAUCUUCCGUGGCUUGUGGUGAAAGAUGAGUCGAGGACUAGCCGCACCUUGCUUGCUUCCGUGCCGGAAUCGCCGGUCGUUUGGACCGACGUGAAGAUAGCCCCGGACGACAUCGCUGCGCUCAGUAAAAUGGACGGCCGAUAUUUGGAGUUGGUGAAGAGCUGCCAAACCGAAACAUUCGAAGAGGAGAUCCGCCGCAUCCGGAGGGGCAAGAAUUUGCCGUCUUCAUCGAACAUUCUGGCCCUAGCACCAAUUUUAGAUUCCGGCGGAAUUCUUCGACUCGGUGGUCGAGCCGGGCGGGCGCAAUUGCCCUACGACCAGUUGCAUCCGCCGUUGUUAUCCGGAAAGCAUCCUUUUGCCGCGACGGUGGUCCGUGCGUUCCAUGAACAUUUGAAGCACGUUGGAACAGAUUUCUUGUUGGCGUACGUCCGUCAACAUUAUUGGAUCACCAACGGCCGUGAGCUGGUGAAAAGAAUACGCCGUGACUGUGUCAUCUGCCGACGGAAUAGGGCCAAACCAGGAGAGCAGCUGAUGGGAAAUCUGCCGAAAGCUCGACUGGAUGCUGGAGCGUUGCCGUUCACUCGGACAGCAAUCGAUCUGUUCGGGCCUAUAGAAGUCGGUCUCUACCGUAACCGCACGGCCAAGCGAUGGGGAGUACUCUUCACAUGUUUAGUGACGCGAGCUGUUUUUCUUGAGUUGGUGCCUUCUCUAUCCAGCACGGAUUUUCUGCUAUCGUUGAGGAAGUUCAUCGCUUUGUACCGCCAGCCGGCGGUUAUUCAUUCGGAUAACGGGACGAAUUUCGUUGGUGCGGAACGUGAGCUACGUGAAGCCGUCGAGGCCCUACACGCCUCCGGAGAGGUUCCCGUUUUCAUGGAGAAGGCAGGGAUUGAUUGGAAUUUCCAGCCUCCACGUACACCCCACUUUGGCGGCGCUCAUGAGUCGUUGGUCAAAUCGACUAAACGCGCCCUUUACAACGCACUGGAGAUAGAAGGAAAGAGUCUGCGUCACCCAACGGAAGACGUCUUGAGGACUCUUUUAUAUGAAGUCGCUGGUUUAUUGAACACCAGGCCGCUCACAUAUGUGAGCUCCGAUCCCGAGGACUUCCGGCCGCUCACACCGAACGACUUCCUUAACAGAUCGCCGACCGCCUUCCCGCCAGCUGGAUGUUUCGAUGAUGCAAGCCCUCGUGAACAUUAUCGCUAUCUACAACGGCUGCUCAACUUAUUCUGGGAUAUCUGGAGGUCAGGGUAUCUGCAAUCUCUGGCCGCCCGCAAGAAAUGGAAGGUGCAGCGGCCAAACUUCACGGUGGGAGAUAUCGUUCUCGAAAUAAAUAAGACACUCGGCCGCGGACAGUGGAACAUCGGACACAUAGUUCAAGUUUAUCCUGGGUCAGACGGCUGUGUCCGAGCAGUCGACGUCCAACUACCAACUGGAAUCUUCCGGCGAGGAAUUACCGAAUUAUGUCUUCUGGAAUCCAGCUCGGCCGGCGAGCCGGCCUCGGGGGAGGAUGGAUCGGCGAAAGCGCACCCCGUCUGAAAUUUGGCAACGUUUUCCCUCCCUCCUUUUUCCCCCUCUCAAUUGUCAAUUAAUGUCGUCUGUAAACCACGUUGAAUUCUGGGCUUUCACUCUCUCUCUCUCGUGUUUAACUGAUUUGUUCGUGAUUGCCCAAAGUCAAUUUACUGGGUUUAAGGACCCGUGUGUGUGUGUGUGUCGUUCUUCUUAUUCUAAGAGACGUCACUCGAGUUGAAUCUAGUGUGUGACGAUAUAUCCGACAUUUGUGUGUCACAGGACACUAAUUGGCCUAUACACCUCUGGGUGUUGACCCUGUGUACGAGUGAUUCUCACCUUGUGUGUAGCCUGUCUUCACAGGAACCACCACUUCCUUAUCACAAAGUACACCGUGUUCAUUUAUGUGAACACCAGUCAAGUCGAACACAAUACAAGAGAUUUUGCUCUUACGAGCCAAC